CUUCCGGUAGCAGAGACAGCAGUUGAAUUUAGACGGCUGACUCCGUCUCGCCCGUCGACCCACCCUCUCAACCAUGGAGCACCAGCUGUAGCCAAAGACGCUUAUGCGCCAAAAGCACGUCUGUACAUACGACAGUCAGGAGAAAAGCCGGCUAAAACAGGGAACAUCGUGUCCCAAGGAUCCAGGUUCCUUGAUUUGCUCCAUGCCUCUGUCCCCCCUCUCUCCCCUCAUGGGGGCCGGUCCCUGGCUCCUAUCACGGAGAUGGAGGGUGGGGACGACUUCAAGCUCGGUGGUUCUGUCAAUUUGGGGCUUAUCCCGAACUGUAGACGGCAGGCCGUGGUUUUAUAAAUCUGCAUAAUAAUUGUUCUACUGCAGUCAUGAUCAUAAAUGCUCAUCUGCUCUUCUUUCUCUGCCUCCGAACCCAGAACACUUU